UCAUCUUCUUCUCUUCCUUGCCUCUCCUUCGUUUUCUCUCUCCCUCUCUCCGAGUCACGCUCCGCCACAACCACCGCCCGAUCUCACCAUGUCUCGCGCAUGCGCUGCCGCAGACUCCGCCGCCUCCGGCGAGAUCAUGCUGUUCGGCGUCAGGCUCGUCGUCGAUUCCAUGAGGAAGAGCGCCAGCAUGAACAACUUCUCACAGUACGAACAUCCUCAAGACGCCAACUACAACAACAACAGCAACAAGGACGCUCUCGCCGCCGGUUACGCCUCCGCCGACGACGCCGUUCCUCAAAACUCCGGCCGGCAUCGCGAGCGCGAGCGGAAGCGAGGUGUUCCGUGGACGGAGGAAGAGCACAAGCUGUUUCUGGGGGGAUUGCAGAAGGGAGGGAAAGGUGAUUGGAGGGGAAUCUCCAAAAACUAUGUCAAAACACGAACUCCGACGCAGGUUGCAAGCCACGCGCAGAAGUACUUUCUCCGCCGAAGCAACCUCAAUCGCCGUCGCCGUAGAUCCAGCCUCUUCGACAUCACCACCGACUCGGUUUCUGCAAACCCCAUGGAGGAAGAACAGGUCCAGAAUCAAGACGCGCUGUGUCAUGCAGUGCCUGAAACUAAUGGAUUUCAAUUUCCAAUGAUGCAAGAAUAUCAGUUAGGGCUAAACUCUGGAGUCCAAGGUGGGAAUCGAAUGGAAGAACUGACUCUGGGACAUGGAAACGUGGAACAGAAUGUUGCAGAUCCUAAGGGUUGCACAGUGUCUCCCAGUUCUAGUUCAGUGGUUGAGCCACCGACACUGUCCCUUGGGCUCUCCUUCUCAUCUGACCAGAGGCAGACAUCGUCAAGACAUUCAGCUUUACAUGCCAUACCGUGUUUCAACAAUGGAGAUAGCAUCAUUAGUGUUGCCUGAUUGUUGAGUACCUUGGAUUCACAGAUUAAUUAAAUAUAUUCAUCUCUAGUUUCCUGUCUUUUUGGUGGGAGAAAGAGAAAGAGAAAGGGGUUGAAGGAAAGGGCGAUGGAUUAGAGAAGGCAAGUUUUAACUAAGUGAAUGAAUUUGAUCCUUCUGUUCCUGUUGUACAGACCCGGGAAAGGUCCUGUCCUGUUUCUUCUUGUUUGGUUAUGACUUUAGAUUCUUGUUUAUUUGGCCGUUUAUGUUUGUAGUUGAUGUAACUGAAAAUAACAAAGUACUCUCUGUUCUGUUCUUUGCUUAUAAUGUAUUAAUGUUGGAUAUGGACUUCACAGAUGAGUGGUGAGUGGCUGUUUGGGAUAAUAUCAAGUUGGGUUUAAUGGUUCGCAGUUAGGCACGUUUUUCUUUUCCGAUGCCUAAAUUUACGCCUA